AUGCGUUGCUUGGCAGCUCGGGUCAACUACAAGACUCUGAUCAUCAUCUGCUCCCUCUUCACCCUGGCCAUGGUGCUGCUGUGGAACCGCUGCUCCUCGGACAGGGCCGGCCCCUUCCCCCGAGGCCUCAGCCCCGACCACCGAGCUCCAGCCCUUGAGGGGGACCUGCCCAGGCAGCAGAGCGAGGAGGCAUCUCCCCAGGAGCAGCAGAAAGCUCCUCCCGUGGUGGCAGGGGCCUUGAACAAAGCCCCCGGGCUGAAGUACGAGGAGCUGGACUGCCUGAUCAACGAGGAGUACACGGUGAAAGGGAGGAGGGAAGGCAACGAGGUCUUCCUGCCCUUCAGCUGGGUGGAGAAGUACUUUGAGGUUUAUGGGAAGAUCGUUCAGUACGAUGGUUACGACAGGUUUGAGUUCUCUCAUAGCUACUCCAAGGUCUACACCCAACGAGCUCCUUACCACCCUGAUGGGGUCUUCAUGUCCUUCGAGGGGUACAACGUAGAGGUCCGGGACAGGGUGAAGUGCAUAAGUGGUGUUGAAGGUGUGCCCUUGUCCACCCAGUGGGGCCCUCAGGGCUAUUUCUACCCCAUCCAGAUCGCCCAGUACGGGCUGAGCCACUACAGCAAAAACCUGACAGAGAAGCCACCUCACGUGGAGGUCUACGAGACAGCUGAGGAGAAGGACAAGGCUGGCAGGUCAGCAGGGUGGACAGUGCCCAAGGGCUGCUCCCUCUCCACAGCCUGGGACAAAGCCAAGUUCACCAGUGUCAAACACUUCGUGGCUCCAGAAAACACCGAGGGGGUGUCUCUGCAGCUGGGGAACGCCCGAGAUUUCAUCAUCUCUUUUGACCUGAAGUUGGUGACCAACGGGAGCGUGUCGGUGGUGCUGGAGACAACAGAGAAGAACCAGCUCUUCACCGUGCACUACGUCUCCAACACCCAGCUCAUCGCCUUCAAGGACAGGGACAUCUACUACGGCAUCGGUCCCAGGACCAGCUGGAGCACCCUCACCAGGGACCUGGUCACCGACCUGCGCAAGGGCGUCGGCCUCUCCAACACCAAAGCCGUGAAGCAGACCAAAAUCAUGCCCAAGAGAGUCGUGAGGCUGGUGGCCAAAGGCAAAGGCUUCUUGGACAACGUCACCAUCUCGGCCACCGCUCACAUGGCGGCUUUUUUCGCCGCCAGCAACUGGUUGGUGAAGAACCAGGACGAGAGGGGAGGUUGGCCCAUCAUGGUGACGAGGAAGCUGGGGGAAGGCUUUAAGUCCUUGGAGCCGGGCUGGUACUCGGCCAUGGCUCAGGGCCAGGCCAUCUCCACGCUGGUGAGGGCCUACCUGCUGACGAGGGAGCACACCUUCCUCGGGGCGGCCCUGAGGGCCACGGCCCUCUACAAGCUGCCCUCAGAGCAGCACGGGGUCAAGGCCGUCUUCAUGAACCGCCACGACUGGUACGAGGAGUACCCCACCUCCCCCAGCUCCUUCGUGCUCAACGGCUUCAUGUACUCCUUGAUCGGGCUCUACGACUUGAAGGAGACAGCUGGGGAGAAGCUGGGGAAGGAGGCUCAGCUCCUCUACGAGCGGGGCAUGGAGUCCUUGAAGGCCAUGCUGCCCCUCUUCGACACCGGCUCCGGGACCAUCUACGACCUGCGGCACUUCAUGCUGGGCAGCGCUCCCAACCUGGCCCGUUGGGACUAUCACACCACCCACAUCAACCAGCUCCAGCUCCUCAGCACCAUAGACGAGUCGCCCAUCUUCAAAGAGUUCCUCAAGAGGUGGAAGAAUUACCUGCGAGGAGGGCGGGCAAAGCACAACUAG